AUGAACUUCAUUUUCCAUGAUUUGAUUGGAAAAUAUUUAAAAGUUUAUAUAGAUGAUGUAGCCAUCAAAUCUGACAGUUUUGGUGAGCAUCUAGAACAUUUGCAGCGGACAUUUCAAAGAAUGAGGACAUACAAACUCAAAAUGAACCUUUUAAAGUGUGCAUUUGGAGUAUAUGCUGAAAAUUUCUUAGGCUUUUUAGUACAUCACAAAGGAAUAGAAGUGGAUGCUAAUAAAGCCAAAGCCAUUUUGGGGGCAAGACCUCCAGCCAACAAGAAAGAGUUGCAAAGUUUUCUUGGAAAAGUAAAUGUUUUGAGGAGAUUCAUAGCUAAUUUGGCCAAGAAAACUUUAGCAUUCUCUCCAUUAGUGAAAAUUAAGUCAGACCACGAGUUUAAGUGGGAAGUGUGCCAUCAAGAAGCUUUUGACUUGCUCAAAAAAUACUUGAUAAAUCCUCUAGUGCUUAUGCCACCAGUGGCAGGAAAGCCUUUGAAAUUGUAUAUAUCAGCUUUUGACCUGUCGAUUGGUUGUUUAUUGGCUCAAGAGAAUGAUAUAGGCCAUGAACAAGCUAUUUACUACCCAAGUAGAAGGUUAAAUGAUGCUGGAACUAGAUAUAAUUCUGUUGAGAAAUUGUGUCUGACACUUUAUUUUGCAGCCAUUAAAUUGAGGCAUUAUUUACUGCCAAUAGAAGUAUUUGUGAUAGCACAGACAGAUGUUAUCAAUGGGCAAUCUUUGGCUGAUUUCUUGAUGAAACAUCCUGACACUUCUGUCGAUUUAGACCUAUAUGAGGUCAAUUUGGUGGAAAGUGAACCAUGGAAAUCGAUGUUUGAUGGUUCAAAAAUAGAUGAAGGAGUUGGAGCAGAAUUAGCCAUAGAGUUCAGGAUUAGAAGCCUCCUGGUUUUUGGAGAUUCCCAAUUAGUCAUUAAACAACUUUUGGGAGAAUUUAAAUGUGUCAGUGGUGCUCUGGAAGAGUAUUUAACUGAGGUCAAAUGGUUAACUAGUUUCUUUGACCAUAUCACAUUCACACAUAGGUUUAGACUGGAGAAUAAAGAGGCUAAUGAAAUGGCUCAAGCAGCUUCUGGACUAAAAAUACCUAAAGGAGCUCAGGAAAGGGUGAGGUUUCAAGCCUUAAACUAUGUUUUCAUGGGAGAUGAUUUGUUUAGGAAAGCUCAUGAUGGUUUGACUCUGCUUUGUAUUGGUAAAUUAGACCAAAUGAAAGCUAUGGCUGAAGCACAUGACGGAAUUUGUGGGGCCCAUCAAGUUGGUGAUAAAAUGAGAUGGCUGAUUAACAGGUUUGGUUUACCCCAAUCUAUCACUGUCGAUCAAGGUAUAGUGAUCAAUAGGGAUGAAAUUAAAGAGUUUGCCAAAGAAUAUGGCAUUCAGAUAUUAAACUCUUCACCAUAUUAUGCCCCAGAAGUACUUUGGGCUUAUAGAAAUUCCAAAAGGAAUAGUACAGGUACAACUCCAUAUGAGUUAGUUUAUGGGCAUGAUGCUGUAUUACCUUUGGAAGUGAUAGUAAGAUCCAAUCGACUGGCCAAGCAUUUGGAUAUUCCUAUGGAUGAAUAUUUAGAGGCACUAUCAAUUGAGUUGCAGGAUUUAGAAUGA